AUGAGUGCCCCCUCUGACUCCCCCGCAUUCGAGGAGGUCCCUGGCUCUUGGAGUGAGACUGAGGAGUAUGUCCUCGCCCUUGGCGGCUAUGAUCAGGAGGAGGGUCCGUCCCCCUCUCCCACGGGAUCGGCUCCACCGAUUCCUCCUGCAGCCCGAGAAGGGGGGCCAGAGGCCGCCCCAGCUGUAGGUGACGAGAGCGGGCCCGCUCCUGCCCCACUUUCUAUUUCACCCCUUGGGAACGAGCCCCACCGUACCAUUAAGUCUUAUGAUUUGGGCGAGAAGUUCACGGGGACCGACAAGCAGGCCCACAGCCUUGAGGUAUUCGAGUUCAUCUCCCGUGUCAAGGCUCAUUUGAAACUCCUCAAUAUCGCCCCGUCUCAUCAUUAUCAAUAUCUCCUCUUGAACACUCGCCUAGCUGCCUACAAUGCUUUGACUAACAAUGUUCGACUCCCCAUAAAUGAUCCUCAAGCGUUCCACGUUGGUGUCUCCGUAUUGCAGGAACGCUUCGGGGUUAGCCGCCACGAUCUGUGGGCCCUGGCCCGCAAUCGCCGCUUAAAUGUUGGCGAGACGACCUCCGAUCUGAUCGGUGACUUACAGAAGUACCUGUCGUACAGUCUUCCUGAAGUGUUGUCGUUGUCACGCCAGUGCUUGGACUGGGACUACUACAACUACGGCUAUGACUACUACAACCACGACUACGACUAUGACUACUACAACCACGAUUGCGACCACUAUAACCACGACUACGACUAUGACUACUACAACCACGACUACGGCUAUGACUACUACAACCGCGACUAUGAAUAUGACUACUACAACUACGGAUAUGACUACUACAACCACAACUACGACUAUGACUACUACAACCACGACUAUGACUACUACAACUACGGCUAUGACUACUACAACCACGACUACGACUAUGACUACUACAACUACGGCUAUGACUACUACAACCACGACUACGACUAUGACUACUACAACUACGGCUAUGACUACUACAACCACGGCUAUGACUACUACAACCACAACUACGACUAUGACUACUACAACCACGACUACGACUAUGACUACUACUACGGCUACGACUACUACAACCGCGACUAUGACUAUGAUUACUACAACCACGACUAUGACUAUGACUUCUACACGCAAGACUACGAUUAUGACUACUACGACUACGACUACUAUUGUCCAGAUAACAAUGGAUUUACAACUCAACUUCGGGUCAAUUGGGGAUAUGAGAUUUUGAUGAGUUGCCUUGAGUGUUUAAUUGAGUCAAUACUGACAGCAUACUGA